GCCAUUCCGGUGAAAAUAAUUUCGAAAAACAGAAUCAUAUUGACGAGAUAUCGUCGCAGCGAUGUAAGCUGCAUACAGCACCGCACAUGCAUCACGGGCAUCCAUAGGGUUAGUGCACGCAUGUGAAUUUCAAAAUACAAAACUGGUCCGAGCUUGCGAUUGUCAACAGGGUAGCGUGAAUUUUUUAUUUACAAUAUUCUGAACCUUUAAAUAUUCUGGAAAAUGUCAGACGGGGAGGAUGAUUUUAUGUGUGAAGAAGAAGAAGAUUAUGGUCUUGAAUAUUCUGAAGAUUCAAAUUCAGAACCAGAUGUCGACUUAGAAAAUCAAUAUUAUAAUAGCAAAGCGUUGAAGGAAGAUGAUCCGAAGGGAGCAUUGCAAAGUUUUCAAAAGGUUUUGGACCUCGAAGGUGGUGAGAAGGGAGAAUGGGGUUUCAAGGCUUUAAAACAGAUGAUAAAAAUAAAUUUUAAAUUGGCUAAUUACAAGGAAAUGAUGGCUAGGUACAAACAGUUAUUAACAUACAUUAAAAGUGCAGUUACAAGAAACCAUUCAGAAAAGUCUAUAAACUCCAUAUUGGAUUAUAUUAGCACCUCGAAGAAUAUGGAACUAUUACAAGAUUUCUAUGAAACUACCUUAGAUGCAUUGAAAGAUGCCAAAAAUGAUAGGUUAUGGUUUAAAACUAAUACAAAGCUGGGAAAACUGUAUUUUGAUCGAUCAGAUUUUAAUAAGUUAGCUAAAAUAUUGAAACAGCUUCACCAGAGUUGUCAGACCGACGAUGGAGAGGAUGAUCUGAAGAAGGGAACACAGUUGUUAGAGAUCUAUGCUCUAGAGAUACAAAUGUAUACAGCACAAAAGAACAAUAAGAAGCUAAAGACAUUGUACGAACAGAGCUUGCACAUUAAGAGCGCGAUACCGCAUCCACUAAUAAUGGGAGUGAUUAGAGAAUGCGGUGGGAAGAUGCAUUUGAGGGAAGGUGAAUUUGAAAGAGCACACACGGAUUUCUUCGAAGCCUUUAAGAAUUACGACGAGUCCGGUUCACCGAGACGUACAACUUGUCUAAAGUAUCUAGUUUUAGCGAAUAUGCUGAUGAAGUCUGGGAUCAAUCCGUUCGACUCCCAAGAGGCGAAGCCAUACAAAAACGAUCCAGAGAUCUUGGCGAUGACGAACUUAGUGGUCAGUUAUCAGAAUAACGAUAUCAACCAGUUCGAACUAAUUCUAAAGCAGAAUAGAAAUAACAUAAUGGACGAUCCUUUUAUAAGAGAGCACAUCGAGGACCUGCUACGCAAUAUACGCACUCAGGUUCUGAUUAAACUAAUUAAACCUUACACCACAAUUUAUAUUCCUUUUAUAAGCAAAGAAUUGAACAUAGAUGUGUCAGAGGUUGAGAGCCUUUUAGUCUGUUGUAUUCUGGACAAUACGAUUCGCGGUCGCAUCGAUCAGGUGAACCAGGUCCUCGAACUGGAUAAGAAAUCGGUUUGCGCUGCGCGUUACAAUGCGCUUGAUAAAUGGACGAGUCAGUUGCAUUCGUUGCACUUAGCAAUUGUGAACAAAAUGGCAUAAUGAAGCGUUGGCGCGCGUGGUCCUUGACAAAAAAAGCAAAACUCGAGAUCUAGACAUUACACUGUAUAGAAUAUCAUGAAUGCCUGUCUCCAACCAUAUGAAGAAAUAAAAUUUAUUGUGAUAUAUUAA